AUGCACAGACCCCCGCCAGCCGAAGGGAAUGAUUUGGAACGUCUCUUAAACCUGCCUCCAAAUACAAAUCCGCCAAUACAGGCACCACCACCUAAUGUACCAGUUUGGCCGGAUGAACAGGCUGCAGCAUUUUGUGCUGUUGCUCCUCCUAUCGAGACAUUCAUGGAUGUUCCUGAUGAAAUACGCCGGGACCAAUUUUAUGCUACAUGUCGACGUGAUGAUGUACUAGUUGGUGUUAUCAGUGUAAUACAAGACUCCGGUCUUGUUGUCUCUAUUCUGGCAUAUGAUCAAGGACCUCGGCGUGAUUUUGAAGGUCUCAAAAUUACGGGCUUUUGUCCAUUGCGACAGCUUCCGCGAUAUAAUGCUCACGGCAACGCUUUGGAUGCUUUUCAAAUCGGUGAUAAAGUUCGUGCAUUUAUUCUCGACAUUCAUGGAGGUGGACGUCUAAUAUUAAGCAUGAAUGCAAAGAUGCUUAAUCGUGAUAUCUAUGGAGAUUUGAAGCUGGGUAUCAUAACUGAUGAUGAUAUGCCUCUGUAUUACAAAAAACUUCAAAAUUUGGACGGAAAAUCGUAUGAAGCCUAUCUUGAAUCAACACCGCAAUUUCGUAAUCCAGAUGGACUACAAGUUCUAUGCGCUCGUAUGGGAAUACCACGUUCAUCAGCUUGUAGUCUACUAUUUUGUAUUAAUAAAAUCCGAUUACCAAAAUCCGAAAUGGCUUGUGAAUUGAGACGUACUCAGUUGUUGAAUUUCUCAAUGAAACAUGUCGCUCAAGGUGUGAAAUAUUUCAAAGAAAGUCGAAAUACUGAAGCAUUACAAUGUUACAAUUUUGCAAUUGAAGUUGAACCAACUAAUCCAGAUGCCUAUGUUGCCCGUGGUGCUCUUUAUGCCUCAAUCGGUACGUACACAAAAGCAGUAGAAGAUUUAGAGAAAAGUCUUGAAAUUCAACCGAAUCAUGUGAAUGCUAAGAAUUAUCUGGUCCAGACACUAGUUGCCUAUGCUGGCGAAAUUGGGCGUAAGGAAAUAAGCAAGGCAGAACAGUUGUUGAAUCGCGCAAUCAAAUUGGAUCCUGACAAUAAUGAAGCUCGAGAUGCAUUGAAAGAACUCCAGACUAAUGGAUCUCUUUCUAAUAACAAAGAUGCUGGUUUGCGAUCCUGGUCACGAACGCCUUCUCCACGCGGUUCAAGUCGAAAUAUAGGUGGUAACAGACGUGAUCACACUCCUCUUUCGCCAACUGCCGUUCGUCCAAGUGCAGGUUAUGCCUCUCAUAUGGAACGUAGCAGAGCUGCUCUAGAACAGCUCGUUGAAGAAGAUCGUAGUCGGCGUGCUGCUAAAGAAGCUAAUCGUCAAAACCACGCACCGGACCAUAGUCCUCCAGGAUUUUUGUCUCCCAACCGCACCCAUGAACGACGAAGAGGAGAUUAUUAUCGUGAUGAUAUUAAAUCAGCUGCUGGUGGAGGAGGUGGCGGCGGUAGCGGAGCAGGUGGUAGUAAUGCUGUUAUGGACAAAUCGAAUAUGGAUCGUGGUGAUCUUUCUAAGAUUGUCAUUACACGCAAUCGAUCGGGACGUAUUAUACGCUGCAAAGAUGAUGACGAAAUGGGUGAUGAAUCGAACAGAUCCGAAGGAUUAUGGAAACGUUCUUAUGAUGAUGAUCGAAAUGCUUAUUAUUACUACAAGUUGAAAAAAUUGAACCUUGAACCACAAUUGCAACUAUCUCCUGUAAAUAGUAGUGAUUAUUGA